AUGAAGCUACAGGAAUGGCUUGUAAAUGGUGGGGUUGAAGGUCUCAGUUGGCUACAACUAGAAGACUUCCCCGAUACGGGACGCGGCGUUAAAACGCUGCGGUCCCUUAAGUCUCACGAUGUAAUCCUUACAGUGCCAGGAUCAUUCCUCUGGACGGUAGAUGCGGCAUUUAGUGACCCGGUCAUUGGGACUGUCAUACGCUCCGUAGAGCCACCCUUAUCAGUGGAUGAUAUACUAGCAGUGUUUCUUCUUUUCAUCAAAUCGUGUGAAACGGGGUAUGAUGGGAGGCGAGCACACGUGGAAUUGCUACCAACCAGUUAUACAGCUAGUAUUUUCUUUAAUGACGAAGAACUCGAAAUCUGUGCUGGCUCUUCGCUUUAUCACCUGACCCAAAAGUUGAAAUUGCAAAUUAGAGAUGAUUACCUUAAACUCCUCAACAAUUUGAUCACAAAACACCCGGAUCUAUUCCCUUUAGAAAGAUUUACACAAGAUGAUCUGUCUGACAAACAGUUUCGAUGUAUUGCCCCUUUCGCUGACAUGCUAAAUCAUUCCUUUGAUGUUGAACUUUGUCAUAUUUAUGAUCCUCAAUUGAAUAGAUUGCAGAUAUUGGCAGGAAAAGACUAUAAAGCGGGAGAGCAGGUCUUCAUCAACUAUGGCCCAGUUCCAAAUAACAGACUCCUACGUCUCUACGGUUUCAUCCUUCUCAACAAUCCCCAUGAUUCUUAUGACCUUGUUCUUACUACACACCCCCAAGCACCCUUGUAUUCUCAAAAAGUAGCCUUAUUUGAAUCAAUCGGUUUACAAGUCAACUCCACUUUCCCCCUCAAACUCAGUGAUCCAUUACCAUUGAAUGUGCUUCAAUAUCUACGAAUACAGAGAUUAUCGUCUUCGGAAAUCUCCACACUGGCAGUAAGGCACGGAGCUAAAGAUAGAAUUAGUGCUCGUAAUGAAGCUGAGAUUUUAAAAGCUUUAGACGAAGCAUGUGAGAACCUAUUGGCUGGGUUUAGCGCUUCUAUUGAAGAGCUUGAAGCAAAAAUUACUUCUGGCACAUAUCAAAAAGGCAGUAACGCAUGGGCAGCAGCGCAUGUUAGUAUUGGUGAGCAAAAGAUUUUAAGGGCGACAUUACAGAAAGCAAAAGAACUGCUUGCUUUGGUUGUUUGUGCGAAUUGUGGAAAGGCAAAUGAGAAUAAUAAGCGCUGCGGAAGGUGUCGAAAGGUAGUUUAUUGUGGAAUAGAUUGUCAAAAAAGCCACUAUAAGGAACACAAGGUUUUGUGCAAAGCCGCUGGCGAAUAA